GGCAGAGGAGUCCACCGGCAGCGCCGAUCUGUUGGGAGACGUAUAGCAGCCGCGCGGCGGAAGAGGCAGAAGCCAAGGCAGCGGGACAGUCGAUGCCUGGGAGGCAAGGAGCCGCCCUACAGAAGCAGUGCAGAGCUCUGGCAUGGGACUUUGCCCUGGCUGAACAGAACCCGCAGGCCGAGUAAACACCAUGGAAGACUUUUUGCAACGCACCAAAACAAGCUGAGUCACAAUAAACAUUUGGAUAAAGUACAUGUAGUCCUUGGAAAGAAAUCCUGUGAUUUGGAUUCACUUAUUUCUGCUUUAGCUUAUGCCUACUAUCUUGAAAAGGUCAGUUCAUCUAACAUCAUAUGUUUGCCAGUAUUGAAUAUAUCAAGAAGAGAAAUCUGCUACCACCCAGAAACUAGAUUUAUUUUGGAGGAGCUGAAUAUCCCAGAGACUCUCCACAUCUUCCGUGACGAAAUCAAUUUAUAUCAACUGAACAGCGAAGGAAAGUUGCUUCUUACGCUAGUGAACAGCAGUACAUUGACAAGUGAAGAUAAAAUUUUAGAAUCAGCUGUUGUCAAAGUCAUCAUCCCCAAAGAGCAAAAUGAGUUGCUAGAAUCUGCUUCCUGUCUUGUAGCAAAAGAGCUCCUCCGAAAGGCUCCAGAAUUAAUCACUCAGCAACUGGCUCAUCUUCUCAGAGGGAGCAUUCUAUCAAAAGUCAUGAAUGAAGAUGCCCUCAAGAUUCCUGAAGAACAGGAAGAAGUUCUUUCAUGUUUGGAGGAGAAAUUUCCAGAACUUUCCUCCCGAAAAGACAUUAUCACCUUCCUUCAGGAGGCACAGCUGCAUGCCGAUGAGCUGAGGAUUGAGGAAGCUUUGGUCAAAGAUCUCAAAGAGGUGUCAGAUGGAGAAAUAAAAGUAGCAGUUAGUACCAUAUAUAUAAAUUUGGAGGAUUAUCUGUUUCACAGAAAUAUCAAUGAAGACCUGAAAGCAUUUGUAGAUAAAUAUGGUUUUGAUGUCCUUGUCAUUUCGGCCAGCUACUUAUCAGAAGGACAAGAAAAAAAGCAAAUAGCAGUUUAUUCAGAAAAUAUGGAGCUAGGAAAUCAGAUUUGCUGCGAAUUAGAAGAGUGUCAGAAUCCAUGCCUGGAACUGGAUCCUAUGGAAUAUGGAUGUGACCAACUUCUUAUUUACCAGCAAGAGAAUUACGUAGCAAAUGGUGAUGAAAUUUUUUUGCUAAUGAAAGAUGUUAUCAGCAGAAGACAUCCCGAAAUGGCACCAAAUAGUAGAACAUCUUCCACUGAAGCUGUGGCUGGAAGUGCUCCACUUUCUCAAGGUUCUUCUGGUAUUAUGGAACUAUAUGGUUCAGACAUUGAACCACAACCAAAUGUUGUGAACUUUAUAGAAAACCCUCAAGAUCAUAAUGGAUCAGUGCAAGCCCAUGCGGAUGUUAACAUAGAUCUUGUGAGUCCUGACAGUGGUCUUGCUACUAUUAGAAGCAGCAGAUCAUCUAAGGAGAGCUCCGUUUUUCUUAGUGAUGAUAGUCCAGUAGCAGAAGGGGGUGCAUCUCAUCACAGUUUUCUUUCUGGAUUUGACUCUUAUAGUCCCAUUCCUGAAGGAGCAGUUGCUGAAGAAGAAAAGCCUCCAUCUAGAAAUAACAGUGACAAUUAUGAUCUUUUCAAUUUUGACUUAGCACCUAUGCCAUCAGUUGAGACAUUGUCUUCACAUUUGGCGGGCUGUUCUGUGGAUGAUUUCUCCCAUGACAGUGGUUCAUCAGAAGAACAGUUGUCAGCUAGUUCAAAAGCAGAUGACAAGACAAAUCUAUCGGAAUGUGAUAUUGCAAGUUAUUCAAUAGACUUUCGAAGAAGAAAUGAGGAGGAUGAUAUAGUAACAUUGAAUGAAUCUGGCCACCAAGAAGAAAAUCAUAGAAGUUUCUCUGAUAAUAAAUCAAAUUUGGUUGACUUGGAAAAUGAAUUUUCCUCUUGUACAGAAAUCUUGAAAAAUGGUGAAAGAAGAACUCCACCAACCCCAAUGAAUAGCCUUGUAGAAACAUCACCUUUAGAUAGUGGGCCACCUUUAUUUUAUCCACAAGAUAUAAUUGAAAGAAUUAAUGAAAUUGAUCACGUUAAAAAUCCUCAUUCUCACAUUAGAUAUGGGAGCUGGUGGGAUGGUUUUGAAUUAGAUUCCAAAAAUGUUGAUACAUGGAAUUCAACUGAGCCAGAAUCUGUAUUUCAGAGUCCUGAUUCAUGGAAAGAUUAUAAAGUAAAUAUGUUACUGAGACAGCAAACUGAUAGAAGAGCAUCAGAUUCAGCAUGUAUACAAAAGCAACCAAAACAUAUGGAAUUUUCUAGAACAGAUACUUGGAAAAAACCAUUUAGCCCUGCCCAAAAUACUUUGGAGUAUCAACAGAAAGAUGAUAAACAGCAAAUAGAAGAAUUUGCUAAUGUGUGGAACUCCAGUCAACCAGCUUGUGGAGAGUGGAAUAAUAGUGGACAUAUAAAGACAAACUUGCCUAAUGUUUGGGCAGAGUUUGAUCAUGAUAUCUCAAAAUCCACAGAACAUCCAUGGAAUGUUCCUCAAGUGGAAUUUGAUCACUUUUCGCAAAAUUUUGAUAAAUAUUCUACGUCUAAAUCUUUGCUGGAAUUCUCUGUAGAUAAUUUAAGUGAAAAUCCAAAAAAUCAAAUUGAUUUAAAUUUUCAAAACAACAGGCAAGAUAGCUCAUUAGAAAAUCACACAGCAUAUAAAAAUGCAAAAUCUAGUUUUGGCAUAAUGCAGAAAGAUGUUAAAGAAAAUCAUAGUAACACUAAGUCUGACAAUACCUCUGUAUGGGAUCCCUGUGAUUCAAACAUCAGGAAAGAUAUGCUUGGAAACCUUGGCUCUUGGGAAGAUCCCUUCCUGUCAUACAAAGAUCCAGAAUUUUUUACAUCAAAUACAGGUGAAGAUCUGAUUGUUUCUCCACCAGAUACAAACUAUUCAACAUCUGAUUCAUAUGUGUCACCCACAGGUGUUGCAGAUGAAAAAGAAAGUGAAGACAAAUAUUCUGAGGGAAAGCCAAUCUUUGAUCAAAUAAGAAACUCAAAUUCAGAUGAAACUGGAACAGAAAUAUAUGAUUUAUCAGAUAAUAAAUCAUUGUCACAAACAUUUCCUGUAUGUUCAUCUGAUUACAGCGAAGCUUGGAAACCAACCCUUAAUAAUGAAAAAAAAGUAGAAGUUGAACCUUCGGACCUUAUUAUAAAAAAUGCUGUUGUAUAUGAUUCAGAACAAAAAGUUGCAGAACUUUUUUCAGGUGACUAUGAUGUUGAUGACAGUAGUCCUUCUGAAAAUAGUGGAAUGAUGUUGAUCCCUGCACAAAAAGAUAAUAAUUCGCCUCUAAGUAGUAUCGUGUGCACAACAGAAGAAAAUGAUGAAAGGAAUAAUGAAAUCAUUUUUGAAGACAUAGGAUCUCCUUGUUUUGAAUCAAAUGGUACAGAAAAUGACAUUUUAGUUAAUUAUCAACUUAGACAAAACAAUCAAUCAGAUCAAGAAAGUAAACUUCUGAAUAAGCAAUUUGACCAAAAGGUUGAGCAUCUUCAGCACGAUCAAAAAGUUGCAUUGGAGGAUAACAGCUUAACUUAUUCUUCAACACUAGAAGUCAUUGAAAAUAAAACUAUUGUAGGGUCAUUCCCUCUUAAUGAUAUUAGAAAUGAAACAAUGCAAAAUGACAUGCCAUUGUCACUUUUACUACCUCUUUCAUAUGUUAAUAGUUCAGAAGAAAGCAGAACAAUUUCUGAUUAUCCCAGUUCGCCAGAAAAAACAAUAACUAGUGGAAGUCUGGAAGAAGUAGCAGCAGAACCACCAGAAGUAAAUAUACCAUUUUCCAAUUGGACUCAUCUUAUCACAGAGAAAAAGAAUGACAUAACCCAAGACAGUAAUGCAAAACAUGUCAUUACGUCUCCCAAGGAAGAUAAUGAUAAUUUGGAUCAUUUUAACAUGAUUGAAUAUCCAAACUACCAUUCAGGAGGAGUGUCUACACUAGUUUCUAAACCUUUUGAUAAAGAUCUAUUUGAACAAAAUAUUCCUGACAUGGAAAGUCCCUCUUCAAUUUCUCCCAGAGAAGAAUGCAAUCAAAGGAACCAUUUUCCAAUGAUGGUUGAAAAUGAAAACAUGAUUAAUAGGUCAGAAAUGAAUGCUUCAGAGUCAGAACAAUCAAAUCUUUUUUUUGCUGAAGAACAACCAUCAACAGGGGAAGAGUCAACCUCUAACUUGAACACUGAUAAAUUUGAAUUGGAGAGUUGUGGAGACAUUUCAGAAACGUUGGACAUUGAAGACACAACUUCAAAUGAUGAAAGUCAAGGAAUUUCACAGAAUCUGUACACAGAAGAUAUUGAACCCCUGGAUACAACAGAUAAGCCACAACCAAGUACUUUAUUACCGUAUAAAACUGAUUCUUCUGAAUUAAGUGAAACUCCUGAAAGUGUGGAGAGUGAAAAUGAGUUCACUCAUGAAAAAUGUAUUGAUAUUAUACUGCAUCAUGAAUUGUCCCAAAUCCUUGAUGCUUGGAAUACAUCAGUGAGUGAAGAAAUGCAGUUUGCUGGAUUAAGCCCCAUGAAGAAUGAAAUGUCAGAAGGAUCAAGUAACUCCCCUGCAAAUACAUCCCUCAAAAUUACUGGUGAGGAAGAUAAUAGCAGUGGUGGGUCCAUUAAUAAUGAUAUAUACUCAGGUCCAACCAGCCCAGAUAUAAGUGAUUCUUUAACUAAUAUACAUACCAGGCAGAAUUUUCAAGGAAGCAAUACUCAGAAUGAAGGUAUAUGGGACGUUACAAAUGAUAUCAAAAUAGAUGAAUCUGGAAAGGAAUUCCUUGAAAAUAAAAGCCAAGAAGAUUCCGAAACAAACACUGAUCACAAAGUACCUAAAAAUUUAGUUCUUUGGAAUGCUCAUGUGGAUGAUGAUGAUACAUCUUCGUUAUCAAGUCCUGGGACAGAUGAAGUUUCAGAAUGUUCAAAUAUACAUCAGGGAGGAAUAGUGUCAGAUUUAGACUCUGACAAAUUGGAGGAUGCUACGAGAGAGAAUGAAUCUUUGCAUUUCCAUGAAACCAAUCUUAUAGUUGGUUCAAAAAAUUCAAAUGGUCAACCUAAGUUGAAGGAAAAUGUUCACCCGGAUGCAUUAAAUGAAAUCUCUGAAGAUGUUAAUAUUAUAACAGAAAACCAUGCCCAUGAAACAUCUGAAUAUUUUAUAGAAAGGGAAAUAGAUCAGGAAGAUGUACCUAAUCACAUUGAACAAACAUCUGCUUUAAACAAUGAAGAAAUUUAUAGUCCAAAUAAUUUAGAUGCCUGGGACAUUCUGUUGCAAGAUAGUGGAAAAAGUGCAUUAGAUAAAAAUAAAAAAUCCAUAGAAGAAUGUUUUGGAUUUCCAGAUGAUACAUUUGAAUGGUGGAAUUUGGAAAAACAAAAUGAGAGUUCACUUGGAUUUAAUUCAAGGAAUGAUUUACAAAGAAACUAUGCAGGAGUUAUCCCUGAUAAUACAUGGGCAGUAAAUCCAAAAAUAAAUGAAAAUGUUGAAGAACCAAAUCUUACAGCUACUUCCACAUAUGAAGAAGAAUCUACACAAUGUAACAAUAUACCUGAAUAUAAAAAUGAGGAACCUGUACUGACUCAUUGGUAUGAAGGAUCAGAUCAAGCUUGUGCAAACAUUGGAGAAUAUGAUGGACUACCAUGGUCACAUAUUGAUGAAACAGAGAGAAGACAAGAUACAUCCCUUAACACUGUUAAACAAACUGCUCCAGAAGACUGGCAGAUAAGCCUGUUAAAUGCUGUUGCUCAGGAAGAUCUAAAACUUGAUCCAAAUCUGAUAACUAGAAAUAAAUUUGUCCCCAGAAUAAUAAAUCAGUACAGUGAAAUGCAGCCAGAGACUGUUAACACAUCUCCAUCUGAUCCUUCACAAUCUUUAACAAAAUCUUUGAGCUCAACACCUACUGAAGAAAGAAUUGCCCAAGGAAAUCCAUUUGUUCCUGACAUAUUACAGAACAGCACUCCAGGAAACUGCCAGAUAUUUAGUAUUGAUCCAGAUUUGUGGACUGAUGUAGACCAGCCCUUCAUUUUGAAAACUAGCAAAGAAAAUCCAGAUAUAUUAAAUCACUUUGAUCAAGACAGCAGUUCGCAGGCCUCAAGCAGUCCUGACGUUUGCCAGUAUGAAAGCAAGGAAACAUAUGCACAAACCUCUGUCCUAUCUGAGCAUGAGGAGCUUGGUGUGAUGUCCCCCAUCUUGUUAAAAGACACUGAUUUUCAUUUUAAUCAGCAACUGGCAAUGGACAGAAUGGAAUUAUGUCCUGAAGAAAACGACUCAUGUCUUUCAAAUAAGUAUGAGACAAUCUACCAAGGAACAUCUCCAAAUGACAACCUAUCUGAAGUUGAAAAAGAAAAUAUUACUCAGGAAUCGGUUUCGGCCACAGAUAAUUUUAUGUAUGAUAAUUUUCCUAGAAAUGAUCAACUUUCACCCUUUGGCCAUGUAACAGGACUAGUUGAACAGCUGGAAACAGUGCAUACUGCACUUGAUGAUACUGGAAAAGAGUAUAGUAUGUAUAACCAAUGUAUGAUGCUGAAUGAAACUAACCCUUUAACAGUCAUUGACGAAUCAGAGAAAACCGAAAUUCAUCCAACACUUACAAAGAAACAAUUAUCACAAGACUCCUUAGAAGAAAAUGAUCAACUUUCACCCUUUGGCCAUGUAACAGGACUAGUUGAGCAGCUGGAAACAGUGCAUACUGCACUUGAUGAUACUGGAAAAGAGUAUAGUAUGAAUAAGAUACCAAUUAUGAAUAACCAAUGUAUGAUGCUGAAUGAAACUAAUCUUUUAACAGUUACUGACGAAUCAGAGAAAACCGACAUUCAUCCAACACUUACAAAGAAACAAUCACCACAAGACUCCUUAGAAGAAAAUGAUCAACUUUCACCCUUUGGCCAUGUAACAGGACUAGUUGAACAGCUGGAAACAGUGCAUACUGCACUUGAUGAUACUGGAAAAGAGUAUAGUAUGAAUAACCAAUGUAUGAUGCUGAAUGAAACUAAUCCUUUAACAGCCAUUGACGAAUCAGAGAAAACCGAAAUUCAUCCAGCACUUGCAAAGAAACAAUCACCACAAGACUCAUUAGAAGAAAAGGAAGAAGAGGUCCUAUAUAAUACAGAAAUACAAUAUUCUGCAGAUAGUCUACAACAUCUUCAAAAUACACAAGAAAGUUAUAGUGCAGAGUUUAUAGAAUUACCCCAUAAAGAAUUAACACUAGAAGUUGUUUCUCCUUUUGGUUUGGAGACUCUUCAAAAAGAUGGCAUGAACAUUUCAGGAUCUAACACUAGUAUCAUAAAAGAUGAUGUUGCCGAAUAUUCUCAACAGGGUUGGGGAUCCCUGUUAUUAGAAUCUGAUGGGACUCCUGGAUCUUCGUGUACUUUGAAAGCAUUUGAAUUUGAAACAGAUUCAAGUAAUAUUGAAUCUCCGGUUGCAGGCAGUGAAAUUGACAUUUUGGAAUCUAAAGCUACCGAUUUAAAAAAUAAGGUUGCAGAAGAUCAAGAAAAUCAAGGCUGGGAGUCGUUUUUAUUAGAAUCUGAUGAGAAAUCGCAACCCUCAUGUGUUUUUAAGAAACCUGUGCACAAAAUAUAUUCAGCUACUAUUGAUUCACCAACUAGUGAAGAUGAAAAUAAUCUUUUAGAAAAAAAAUCUGAUGAUAUAAAUAGCAAAGCUGGAGAAAGUUCUGAAAACUGGGAUUCUUUAUUGCUGGACUCUGAAGUAAUUCCUGAGUCAACAGAAGAUUUGAACAAAUGUGAAUACAAAGCAAAAUCAACUCAUAUUGAUUCACCAGCAGAUGGAGGCAUAAGCAUAGACAACGAAGCUGUCUGUGAUGUAUUUAAUUUUGAUAGUAAAGAGACCAGGUUCCUAGAAAGGAUAAGAAAGGAUGAAAAGGAAGAUAGACAAUUACAGGAAGCAGAAGAACAGUCUUCUUUAGAAAUGGACUAUGUCCUCAUUAGCGGUGAAGAACAUGUAUCUUUGACAAAUGACUUAUUGGUAACCCAAGAAAGCAAUGUCCCUUCAGCAAUUGCUGAACAAAUGGAUUUUCUUGAAACAUUUUCAGCAGACUCCUCGGAUACAUUACAGUCAAUCUCCAUAAUAAAUGAAAGUGAAGGACAGUCUACUCUGGAGAAUGAAUGGGACUCUUUUUACCUAGAGGAGAAAAGUUUUGCUGCUGUACCUCAAAAAUGGGAAGGUGAAAAGAAAUCACCCAGCAUCCUUGUACAAGACCAGGAGUGGACUAUAGUAGGCCAAAAUGGAGAGCAUGAAGUAUCAUCUGAAGAUAAUUGUAGUAAACCAGUCACAAUAGAGUCACUAUGCAGACAAUCUAUUAAAGAAUUAGACAACGUUUUAAGCCAGGAACUGAUCUCUGAAACCCAAGCUGAAAUUCCACUAGAUAAAAGCUCCUACCAAGCCUGGGAACAACAGGACAAGAUUUCAUGCGAUACCAAAACAGAUGCUCCUUUCUUGCAAGUGGUUGCUAAUGAUGUUGAAUUGGAUGAUCAUCCACAACAACCUCUUGGAGACAGCAUGGUUAAAGAACAAAAAAUAGAAGAUGAGACUUCAUCUGUGGACAAUACAAGACAUAUCCAUCGAAUAGUAGGAUUGGUACCAGAGGAUGUGGGAAUGGAUAUCCUUAAUGAGGCCAUGCUAGAUUCCUCUGCAAUAGAGAUGAGACCUGAACCUCCCAAUUCGCUAGACCUUAAUGGCUCUCAUCCCAGAAGGAUAAAGCUCACUGCUCCAAAUAUCAAUCUCUCUUUGGACCAGAGUGAAGGAUCUGUCCUUUCGGAUGAUAACCUGGACACUCCAGAUGAAAUUGAUAUUAAUGUAGAUGAUCUUGACACACCAGAUGAAGCAGAUUCUUUAGAAUAUGCUGGACAUGAAGAGCAACCAGCCAUUAAAGAACCUUCUCAAGAAGAAUCUGAAUCCAUCCCAGAAUAUACUGCUGAAGAGGAACGGGAAGACAACAGGUUAUGGAGAACUGUUGUUAUUGGAGACCAGGAGCAGAGGAUUGAUAUGAAAGCAAUUGAACCUUUUAAAAAGGUUAUUUCUCAUGGAGGAUACUAUGGUGAUGGCUUGAAUGCCAUCAUUGUAUUUGCUGCAUGCUUUCUACCGGAUAGCAGUCAAAUGGAUUAUGCAUAUGUCAUGGAAAACCUUUUCCUAUAUGUAAUAAGUACUUUGGAGCUCAUGGUUGCUGAAGACUAUAUGAUUGUUUACUUAAAUGGAGCAACUCCAAGGAGAAGAAUGCCCGGACUCGGAUGGAUGAAAAGAUGUUACCAGAUGAUUGACAGGCGAUUAAGGAAGAAUUUGAAAUCAUUCAUCAUAGUUCACCCUUCUUGGUUUAUAAGGACAAUUCUAGCUGUCACACGGCCAUUUAUAAGUUCAAAAUUCAGUAAUAAGAUACAAUAUGUCAACACUUUGGCAGACCUUAAUGAACUAAUUCCAAUGGAAUAUGUAAAUGUCCCAGAAAGUAUUGUCAAGUAUGAUGAAGAGCGAUCCAUUCAGAGAAGAGUAAGACUGGAUGAAGAGCUCAGGGAGGCAUCAGCAAAAGCAAGCUGUCUUUCAAAUGAGCCUGAAAUAACGUCAGUCAAACAGGACAUCAACAUGACCAUGAAAAGUUCUUAAAUUCCAUGGAAAUUGGAGAAGAAAAUUGAUGUUCCUGAGUCUUGAAGAUGGGACAGUUUGGCUUGUCAUUGGAACACUCGGGUCUUCUUGCGCACAAAUCUCUUUUGUUUCCCCAAAGCUGUCUGUGCAAGAAAGACUCCUGGUAGAUUUAACCUUUGUUCUCUGAUCACUUAGUGUUAUUCAGAGCAUUCUGAAAUUAAAGUAGCAGAGGUGGCUGCUACAGCCAGAAUAGUAGCAGAGGUGCAGAUAAUGACUUUGUGUAAUAUUAUAUCAGGAGUAGAUUUACAGUAAGGAAAAUUCUGCAUUUUUGAAUUCCAAAUUAUUUUGCCAUUAAUGUGCCUCACCUGUGAUUUUAUAGUGUGGUUCAGUCUUUUUUGUCUUCUACAUAUUUAUGUAUUAAUGGCUAGAUAUUUUAGCUUCCAUGCAGCAAUGCUGAUCUUCCUUCCUUUUUUCCCCAUGACCCGAUGAUUGAGAUAUCUCCAUAGAUAACAAUCAGAUGGCUGCAGGAAAGAGAACUAACACGGUGCUGCCAUCUAGUGUGUGCAGUCUGGGAUCUUAGAACAUUUCCAAGGAGCUCUGGGUUGCAUACCGUAUUCUUAUAAGAAAAGAUACAGGAUCCCCCAUUCACACACCAUUGGUCAAUAUUUAUGAGUCAAUAUUUUCUGGAUUCUGCAAUUUUCAUGAAACCAGGGCAAAGUUUUGCACAGCUUGGGUCUCUUUUUCUUCUGGCUUUGGUCUUGUUUCACCUUGCUUCUCUAAAGUGGCUAAUCCCUCGGUCACCGUCUGCUUUUUCAUAAUUAAGAUAGGGGAAAAAAUGCAGGUAAAUGUAUUAGAAAGCCAGGCAGUUCUAAUCCUUCUAGUCAGUUUCAUACUCCCUGUAAAAUAACAACAAUAAUAGAAAACUCUGCUGGCUUCAUGUUUUCUUUUGAGAAAAGUAAACUCAUUGAACUUUUGCCUCUUCAGGUUCUUAAUCUCAUUCCCCCUUCCCCACGCUCCCCCAAGUUAUAGUCCAGCCUGCAGUGAUGUUUUGAACUAUUGAAAAAAGUGUCCUAUGGGAAAUGCCACCAUGCUAUCCUUUGAAGAUCACCAGAAGAGGAUAUAUUUUAAAUAGUAAAAAAAAUAUGGUAAUUUCGACCUGUAACAACUUUUUUGGGGAGGACAAAUGGCUAGAUAUGCCAAACAAAAAACAAAAUAAAAUAAAACCCCAGGUUCCUGCAAAAAUGGCUAGAGAUGCAAAUAGUAAUAAUAAUAAUAACUGGCUACUUGUGGCCUAUCUGUUCUCAGUAUUUUGAAGCUGGCAGAAGUGAAGAUAAUUGGAAAUUUGGCUUCAAACUUGGUUAUGAGAGAUUGUAAAGUGGAAAAAGGUUGCUUGUUAUGGAAGUGUCCCAAGAUUAGUUAUUUCUUGGCUCUUUUAAUAUAUAAAUGCAGAGUAUUUCUUGGGGAAAAAAGGAAAAGCUUUUAAGUGAGUUUUAAGUGAGAUCCUAAUGUGAUUCAGAGCCUUCACAGAUGUUGAUUUGGCACUGUUAACUGCCAUUGCCCUCUUUUGGCUCCUAUAAAUUUUGUGCUUUUUUUAUUGUUUAAAUUGCAGAUUGGGAACCAUUCCUAUUUUUUUUUUAAAAAAAAACUUAAUUAUGUAGAAGUAAUUGUGAAAAAAGCCAAAAGUUCAAUGUUCUCUCAUAGCCUAAUAAGUGGAGAGAGGGAUGACUACAUAUGAGAACAUAUAUGGAUAGAAAUAAAACCCAAUACAUGGAUUCAAUAAAGCUAAAACCCUUGAUAAAAUGAUAGGAUAAUGUUCUGAAACAUUGGUACAAAAUAAAGUAAAAUAAUAUUUUUAUUCCUAUAAUAGUAUUCAUGGCUAUCAUAGCAUCAAGUCAACAUUUACUGCUAAUUAUUGCAUCAGCCAGUCAUAGAAUAGCAUUCAUAUAUUAAGGAGAAAGCUUACACAUUUUGAAAAAUGCUAGUUAAUUUCAAAGCAUGGUGACCAAGGAAUCAUUGGAUGGACUGAAGUUUAUUGUUAGGAAUUAAUAGCAUUAUAUUUAGUUAUUUAAUAAGCAUAUUUAUUUAAUCAAACUUUGCAGUAAUAAAAGGCAUAACUUGUUCAUAAGAAUUUAUUAUAAUAAGCUUAAAAACCACACAGUACUAUCAUCUUCUUGUAGCAAUAUAGCUUUCCAUAGAUUUAGAUAUACACAAUGGCAUCUAAGGUCAUUUACAUUAUUAUUAUUAAUCAUUAAUAGUCACGCUGAAUAGAAGUGACCUAGAGCACCUAUGUUUGCAGUUUUCUCCAUUGAUAUACCAUUCAGAAUAUAUUGUUCAUCUCCUGGGGAAACUAUGAAACAUAUACUGUACAUCAUAAAGAAGCAGAAAGUCAGCAUAUAAAUCAUGAAAGUUGGGGGGAAAAGGCUUGCCUCCAUUUUAAUAAAUUGAAUUUUGUUUUAAAAUGUUAUUUUACCAUUUAUGAGAUUAUAACUAUAAAUUAGGUUAUUAAUUUAUUAAUUUAAUAAUUUAAUAAUCUUUCUUGUCUUUACCUCAUGUUUUGUGCUUGUAAUCGUAUCUUGCAUAUUUACUCUGACUAUGUCUCAGGUCUUCUUGUGUUAUUGAUAUCAAACUUAAUCAAAUUUGGAGACUACUCAUCUCACAGAGCAAGUUAUUAUUUUUAAAAUGUAAGUUUAAAUCUUUAAAUUGAAUCUUUAGACUUUAAAAUAACACUAGAAUGUUAAAAUUGUAUUCCUUGGAAAAGGCAUUGAUUUAAACCACAGUGUUGUUGUAAUGAUGACACAUGCAUCAUAAUGUCAUCUUACAAAAAACAUGAUUAUGUAAUUAUGUUAUGAAUCACAUCAUAAUGCAAGCACCUGAUUGUUUUGUUUUCUAUUCUGUAUUCUUAAAUUUUUAUUUAGUAUUU